AUGCAAUGGGAAAGUUAUUGGCACUACUCGCAGUCCUUUGCCUGAGCCAGGUGAUCGGUGCUGAACGCAUCGUGAACUGCUACUGGGGCACCUGGGCCAAUUACCGCAGCGGCAAUGGCAAGUUCGAUGUGUCCAACAUCAAUCCCUGGAUGUGCACCCACUUGAGCUACUCCUUCUUCGGAAUCAACGACAACGGCGACAUCCAGUCCCUGGACACCUGGCUGGACUACGAUCUGGGCUUCAUCAGCCAGGCUGUUGGCCUGAAGAACCAGAACCCCAACCUGAAGGUCCUCGCUGUCGUCGGUGGCUGGAACGAGGGCUCCACCAAGUACUCCUCGAUGUCCGGCGAUUGGUACAAGCGCCAGAACUUCAUCAACUCCGCCCUGAACCUGCUGCGCAACCAUGGAUUCGAUGGUCUGGACUUGGACUGGGAGUAUCCCAACCAGCGCGGUGGAAACUGGAACGAUCGCGCCAACUUUGUGACCCUGCUGCGUGAACUGAAGGAAGCCUUCGCUCCCUAUGGUUACGAGUUGAGCAUUGCUGUCGGUGCUGGCGAGUCCCUGGCCACCGGCUCCUACGAGAUUGCCAACAUUGCCCAGCAGGUGAACUUCAUCAACGUGAUGACCUACGACUUCGCCAUGGCCUCCGAUGGCCAGACCGGAUUCAAUGCUCCCCAGUGGGCUGUGGAGAACGCCGUCAACUUCUGGCUGAGCCAGGGUGCUCCUGCCAACAAGCUGGUCCUCGGUGUUGGCACCUAUGGACGCUCCUUCCAGCUGUCGGACUCCUCCCAGAACUGGCCUGGAGCACCGUGCCGUGGUGAGGGCGCCGCUGGAUCCUACACCGGAUCCACUGGUUACCUGGGCUACAACGAGAUCUGCCAGAACAACUGGAAGACCGUCUUCGAUUACGGAAACGCCGCCCCCUACGCCUACUCCGGUGACCAGUGGGUGAGCUUCGACAACGUGUUGAGUGUCCAGUACAAGAUGGACUUCCUGCUGUCCAAGAACCUGGCCGGUGCCAUGAUCUGGUCCCUGGAGACGGACGACUACCGCGGUCAGUGCGGCGAGGACUACCCCCUGCUCAGGGCCAUCAACAUGAAGCUUCGCUGGGUUUGAAGGAGGUUCCGAUGGGAGAAAAUAAAUGUUUAAAAAUUGAAAAAGCUA